ACGUGGGAUCCUCCCGGACCGGGGCUCGAACCCGCGUCCCCUGCAUCGGCAGGCGGACUCUCAACCACCGCGCCACCAGGGAAGCCCCGACUAGUGUCUUUUAAGACGCUAACUUGUGUUGUCACUAUCUGAAAAGAAAUGUGGAAGGGCAAAGACAAUUCAGGUUGAGAGUUAAAUUAAGGCAUAAAGCGGGAUUUCGAAGCGAUGCCAUGCAUUUUAAUUUUGUUUUUGGUUUAAUUGGGUCUCCUGUAUCCUCCGAAUGGAGUGGAUGGUUUGAAGAAACCUUGAUAAUCAAGGAAAUAAUCCUGUAUGCUGAAUGUCCAGCUGCACUUAUCUAGACCAAACAGGCACUAAAAGUACAGAGAGUUUUGUUUUCCACUGAUGGAUCUCAGAAUCUGAGAAUAGUACCUGCAAUAAACUCACGGUCACCGCUGCAGGAAUCCAGAUGCAGGCCAAGUACAGCAGCACGAGGGACAUGCUGGACGCUGAUGGGGACACCACGAUGAGCCUGCAUUCUCGAGCCUCUACUGCAACCCAGCGGCCAGAGCCUGGCCACACAGAGCCCCGGCGUCCCUCUUCUGCUUGGCGUCCAGUGGCCCUGAUCCUGCUGACUCUGUGUUUGGUGCUGGUGAUUAGCCUGGCAGCUCUGGGGCUUGUGUUUUUUCAGUUCUACCAGCUCUCCAACACUCAGCAAGAAAACAUUUCUCAAAAGGAAGAAAGGCUGGGGAAUCUCUCCCGACAGCUGCAAUCUCUCCAGACUCAGAAAAGGAAGCUUGCAGAGACUCUGCAUCACGUGGCUGAAAAACUCUGCCGUGAGCUCUAUAACAAAACAGGAGAACACAGAUGCAGCCCUUGCCCAGAAAAAUGGAAGUGGCAUGGGGACAAAUGCUACAAGUUCUAUGAAGAAAGCAAGAGUUGGCAGGGCUGUGAAUAUUUCUGCAUUGCUGAGAGCUCGACCAUGCUGAAGAUUAAUGCACGGGAAGUACUGGAGUUUGCCAUGCCUCAGAGCUACUCUGAGUUUUUCUACUCUUAUUGGACAGGGCUAUCCCGCAACGGCAAUGGCAAGGCCUGGCUGUGGAUGGACGGAGCCCCUUACUCCCAUGAACUGUUUGAGAUUAUAAUAGAUUUCACCAGCCUAAGAAGUAGGGACUGUGUGACCAUCCUCAAUGGAAAGGCUUUCUCCAAGGACUGCAGGGAGUUGAGGCGAUGCGCAUGUGAAAGAGCUGCAGCCACGGUGAAGCUGCAGAGGCUCCAUGAGCCCCUCUGAGCCGGACAUGGAGGCCAAUGGUUCUCCAGCUACAACUGCAACUGCAGGCUCCCUUCAGAGAAGUGGAAGAUUUCUGCUCUGCAGAACAAAAGUCAAGUUCUUUAUGUGCGCCUGGCCUAGUGUGGUUUCUGUUCCUUUUCCUUCCAUUUAAUCCCUGUUUAUACCUUCCAGGUACUGAAGAUUUGAUAAUAAUAAAUGUAAAUAAUGGAAAGUG